GUUGACUUUCUUCUGCUAGAAAAAAGAGAAAUUGCUCAAACCGGGGCCUCUUAUCAUCAUACAAUGCCACACUGCGAGGAUAUUGGAGCAGUUGGGCAUUUGGAAAGAAAUAUACGCGGCAAUGUUUUCGCUCACGGGUCGCCUUCAUUUCGAUGAACAGGGAAAUAUGUUCGACAAUUCACCCAUUCUCAAGCUGGUAGAAGAAGCAACUAGACGGCCAAUCGUGCUUAUAGAACGUUGCUUCUAUCUUGAUACUCUAUAUAACGGUCUUAAGGACAAGUCUCAAAUUCUCACGAACAUCGGCGUAGCGUCUUUUCGGGGGGGCGAGUACGGUAUAACAGUCAUAACCGACCGCGGGGAUAGUAUCAGGGGUAGUAUUCUCGUAGCAGCUGAUGGUGUUCAUAGCACAAUCCGCAGUCUCUUAGCUAGCGCAGUAUCUAAGGCUGAUCCUGAGAGAUGCUAA